AUUCCAUGGUUAAUCUUUCUGGAGGGGUGUGUACAACAGUCUCUAAGCCUGAGUGCUUUGAUUAAGUAGCAGGCUACAGUUUUGGAAGACAUUAUUUUUCCAAUUAUCUAAUCAUCAGAUUCCUGAAAACUUUAGACUUAAAGAGGAGGGAGAUGAAGCAUCACCUUUGAAUGGCUGAAUAAGUUGGGACUAUCAUCUCCAUAGUAGGAAAGAUUUGAUAUAUUGAUAUUGAUUGCCAUAAAUCUUGUCAUUUGAACUGAAAUUUUACCCUCAAAACCCAUAGAAACCUUCUUGAGAAAGAGGGUUGAACUUAUCACUGGACAAUGUUAAGAAUUCUAUCUUUACUUUUGCUGUUUCAGCCAGCAAUAGUGCUUUGUCAAGUAUGCGCUACAGGCUGGACAUUGUCAGGGGAUAAUUGUUACAAGCUUAUGCCAGACAGCAAAAAUUGGCAUGAAGCACAGAUCUCCUGUGAGAACGAUGGAGGUAACUUGGCUAUGCCAAAGACACAAGAUAUCAAUGAUGUCUUGACACAGAUGAUAAACAAUGGUGGUAGUCAUUGGAUUGGUGUACAUGAUAUCAGUACUGAGGGCAACUUUAUUUUCUCAGACAACACCCCUGUUACAAACCCGUUUUGGAAUGCAGGGGAACCUAACAAUGCUGGAGCUGGAGAAGAUUGUACAGAAAUAAUUAAUACAGGGCUGUGGAAUGACCAGGAUUGCUAUGCAAUACGUCCUUUCCUCUGUCAAAGAGAUAAUGAUGUGAUUGUGAAAUGUGACGAGGGCAAUGGCUGGAUAUCUGCAGCGGACCGCUGCUACAAGUUCUAUGAUACCCCAAGCACAUGGCAGGAUGCACAAAACUACUGUCAGGAUAUCGACGGACAUCUUAUUUCAGUCAAUUCUGAAGCAGAACAGGCAGUGGUCUCAACACAAGCCAACUUUGGAGGAUCUACUCUAUGGAUUGGGUUGAGAAUGGAUUCUGGUACAUAUGGAUGGAGUAGUGGAGAGACUUUGGGAUAUACUAACUGGGCUCCAAAUCAGCCAGACAGUAGGUAUGGUUCCAGUGGUGGUAACUGUGUAGAGGUUUUGGAUACAUCUAAUAAUGGAGAAUGGUCUACAAUGACUUGUACAGCAACCCAGAGCUUUAUGUGUGAAAGAGCAGAGGGCACAUGUCCUGAAGGAUGGCGUUUAUUCCGUGGAUACUGCUACCAGUUUAACUCAGCUACCAAACAGACAUGGAGUGAUGCUAAACACACCUGUGAGGCUCAAGGAGCUUACAUGACAUCGGUCCUCUCAGAUGUAGAGAACAAGUACAUCAGGGAUUAUUUCCUUGAUCUAGAGAACCUUGGCAUUUCAUCUACGUGGAUUGGAAUCUCUGACAAUGAAAAUGAUGGAUCAUUUGCAUGGAGUGAAGGUAGCUCAGUAGGCUACACUAACUGGAGUCCCAAUGAACCAACCGAUAAUGCUAACUCACCUGACUGUGGAUCAAUGAUGACAGCUGGAGGAGAUGGUAGCUGGUCAACUAAAAACUGUUUUACUUUAGAGGCUUUUGUGUGUAAAGUCAGAUCAAGUCAACCCAUCUUCCCCUUGGACCCCAAUAAUCCUAUUGGAUCUUGUGAAGCUGGCUGGACCCUGAAUAGAGAUCAUUGUUACAAGGUUGUGAAUAAUGCAGCAUAUUUUGAUGAUGCUGAGGCCAAUUGUGUCUCCAUGGGAUCCCAUCUGACCAGUGUCAAUGACCAAGAAGAACAGUCGUUCCUGUCAAUGCGUGCUAGUAUGGCUGAGCGUAAUCUCUACAUUGGUUUUCAUGACUUGAAUAGUGAGAACAACUUUGAAUGGACUGAUGGCUCUCCAGUAACUUUCACCAACUGGGGACCUAAUCAGCCCAAUGAUUGGAGUGAUGAUGGUCAAGAUUGUACCUUUUUGAAAUGGGAAGAAGAUGUAGAGGGUAUCUGGGAUGAUGUCAACUGUGAUAAGACACGUACUGCUUAUGUCUGCAAAAAGGCGAAGAUUCCAGGACAAAUUCAGCCUCCACCUGCUGUGCCAACACCUGUGUUUGAUCCUCGAUGUGGUAAUGGCUGGGAAUAUGACUCCAUCUCAGGGAACUGUUAUCUCUUCAAGACCACUGAUUACAGGACUUGGGAUGAUUCAAGGAUUCAAUGUAAACUUGGUGGAGGAGAACUACUCAGUAUAAGAGAUCAGACAGAACAAACCUAUAUUAAUGCUCGUCUUGUAUAUGUGACUCAGUCUAGUCUAUGGAUAGGAGCUAAUGAUCUUUCAUUAGAAGGAGGAUGGCAGUGGAGUGAUGGUAGUGGGUUUGCAUACCUCAAUUGGAGUCCUGAUGAACCUAAUAACUAUGAUCCAGGAGAACAUUGUGUCCAGAUCUAUUAUGCUACUGGCCAAUGGAAUGAUUUCUUCUGUGACAGGGAAAUUGGCUACAUCUGUAAAAAGAAUGGCUAUCUGACUACGCAUUAUAAUGUGGUAUCCAACUACUACCUGGAUGGCAAUGAUGUUAUUAUCCUACAGGGAAUGUACCCUGAGGACUGUGCUCAUGCUUGUAUCACUACAACUGACUUCAACUGUCUUUCAUUUGAUUACAACCGUGAUUCCAUGGAGUGCGCCCUCAGUGACAUGACACAGGACAUGCAAGGCACUAUGCUCAGAGGAGGCAGCAAUAGAGAUUAUUAUCAACGAUUAACGGAUGUUGUUGACCCAGUACCAACCACUAUCCCACCUGGUUACCGAUGUCGCAAUGGCUGGGCACCCUACGGUGAUAACUGCUACUAUGUCCAGAUAGCUACAGGAAACUACAACCAGGCUGUGUCCCAGUGUAGGGCUCUUGGAGCUGAACUUGUAUCAAUCCAUGAUGCCAAUGAGAACAGCUUUAUCCAAUCACUCUAUGCCUCAGCUGGUAUUAAUAGUGCUGUAUGGAUUGGAUUGAAUGACCUUCGAGUUCAGAUGUUAUUUGAAUGGAGCGAUGGUACCCCUGUAGACUAUACCUACUGGAACAUUGGAGAGCCUAACAACUACAAUGGAAACAAUGAGGACUGUGUUGAGAUGUUUAACAAUGGAGCUUGGAAUGACAUUGACUGUAGCAGUACCAUCCCGUCCAUUUGUAAGCUGAAGAAAGAGAAUCUACCACCUACAGAUCAACCAAUCACACCUUCAGGAUGCAAUCUGGGAGAGGUAGCUUAUGGAGGAUCUUGUUACAUGGCUGUGACUACACCUAUGUCAUGGACUGAUGCACAAAAUGAUUGCUCUAACAAGGGAGGAAACUUAGUAUCUAUUGCUGACAGGUUUGAACAGUCUGUGGUAUCCAGUCUUCUUGGUCUUCAAGAUGGUACCCUAUUCUGGAUUGGAUUAAAUGAUUUAGGAAACUAUGGAGAGUAUGCAUGGAGUGACAUGACUGCAAUCACAUUCACGCACUGGGAUGUGGGUCAGCCAGAUGAUUCUAAUGGAUAUUGCGUGGCAUCAUCGUCCGGCAGUGCCGCUGGUCUAUGGAGAAACAUCCAGUGUGAUAGUGAAUCUAAAUACAUAUGUGAGAGGGUUAGGACCGGUUACACACCCCGUCCAACUGUACCAGCUCCUGGACCCCCAACACUCCCCAAUGAUGAUGGUUGUUAUUAUGGAUGGGUUGGCUAUGGUGGCUGGUGCUUCAAGAUUGAAACCGGUGAAGACCCCAACCUGGAAACUGAUGCUGAUAAGGUCAAGCGUAGCUGGGGUACCGCACGUGAUGUUUGUGUAUCUGAUGGUGCUGAACUUGCUAGUUUCCAUGAUCCUGAUGAAGAGGCUUAUAUCAAGUCAAAAAUCCCAAUGCCUGAUGAUGGUUACUGGAUUGGUCUUCAUGAUAGAUCUGUGGAAACUGGAUUUGAGUGGAGUGAUAGGACACCUGUAGAUUAUACCAACUGGUGGGAAGGAGAACCAAACAAUGCUGGUAACCUAGGAGAAGAUUGUGUUGAAAUGUUUGGUAACCACCGUAACUGGAAUGACAAGGAGUGCAGCAGUUUAAGGAACUGGAUCUGCAAGCUUGCUAAAGGAGUUAAGCCUAAAUCAACCCUCCCACCAUCAACAGUUACACCAUGGCCCCAGUGUCCAACAGAUCCAGAUUGGGUCUUGUUCCAGGACUAUUGUUACUUCUUCAGUGGUGGUCUGACUAGCUCUGAUAAGAGGUUGGGUUGGAAUGAUGCUAACUCAUACUGUAUGCAACGUGGUGGAUACCUUGUCUCGCUACAUUCUACCAAUGAGAACAACUUCCUGCAAUCAAUGCUCACAAGAUACACAGACAGUAAUGACUGGAUUGGUCUGAGGACGUAUAGCGGUUCUGGAUUUUAUGAAUGGUCUGAUGAAUCUCCUCUUGACUUCCAAUCCUGGAAUGUUAAUGAACCUAAUGAUGCUAAUGGUGAAGAAGAAUGUGCAGAGUUCUACCAAGAUGGAUCUUGGAAUGAUUUGAACUGUGGUGACAAGCUUAGCUUUGUUUGCAAGAAGGCUGUGUCAUCUGUGCAACCUGUCACUAAUGCUCCUACACCCGUCCCUCAAGGAAACUGCCCAGUGGGGACCAUGCGAUUUGACAACAUGUGCUACCGUAUGAUUGGUGCAAACUCGGCUGACCGAAAUACAUGGUACAAUGCAAGGGACAUCUGCAGGAAUACAUAUAAUGGAGAUCUAGCAACAAUACACAGCCAGGCUUUGCAGUCAUUCUUCAUCACUCAAAUGAAAGGAAUUGACUACCAGAUGUACAUUGGAUUAAGUGACUCUCUUAACAACGGUCAAUUUAGAUGGACCGAUGGCACUUCUGUAGAUUAUACUAACUGGAAUGCUGAUGAACCUAAUGAUCAUAAUGGUGAUGAAGACUGUGUUGAGAUGAUAGAACCUUCUGAGCGUGCUGGAAAAUGGAAUGAUCAGACCUGUAAUGAUUACAAUGCUUUUAUCUGCCAGUCUCCAUUGGAUCCCAAUGCACCAGCACCACCCCCACAGACAAGCGAUUGCCGUAGUGGAUUUUCACAGUACGGAGACAGCUGCUUCAAGGUUGUUCCGAGGACAAUGUCUUAUUCCGAUGCCAUCCAGGCCUGUCGCAAUGAGGGGGCAGACACCACCCUUGCAAGCAUCAUAGACACAUAUGAGAAUGCCUUUGUAGAAACCUUGCUGCAUUAUAAUGGAGAUGUCAUGCUUUGGUUAGGUCUUCUUGAUGAUAAGGCAAGUGGACAAUACAAGUGGGUUGAUAGUCAUCCUGUAUGGUAUACCAACUGGGGACAGGGUGAACCAAGCCAAGGCAGUGGUGAAGGAUGUGUAGCCGUUGGUCUUGGUGGCUGGGAUGACCACUCCUGCAGUGACCAGCUAGGAGCUCUAUGUAAAUACAGUCGAGUGCCUAUCCCCACCAACCAUCCGGAUUUACCAGGAACCUGCCCAGAAUCCUGGAUCUCCUAUGGCUCUGAUUGUUACUUCUUCUCUUCAGCUGCAGCUGAGAGGACAUCCUGGCCUACAGCUGAGUAUAUCUGUAGACAAGGAGGAGGUCAUCUGGCUAGUAUACACUCUAAACAGGAGAAUGAAUGGAUCAGGAAUAGACUGGCCCAGGAGUUCCCUGAUGCUUGGAUCGGAUUUGAGGCUACACCAUCAACUGCCUUUGCUUGGAGCGAUGACACACCUGUAGACUACACCAACUGGAACCCUGGUGAACCUAACUCAAACUUUCUUGGUGAUGAGGAUUGUGCUGAGAUGUAUCUAGAGACAGGAAAAUGGAAUGAUUUAGAUUGUCUAACUCUUCAAGGAUAUGUCUGUAAAACACCCAAAACUCCACUGUCAGGCCAGCCUACUCAGGCUCCUCCCAAGACCCUAGCUCCAGGACAAACAACUAAAGCUCAAGGACCAGGGGAAAACACAAAAGACACUCCAACAAACAGUGCUCCAAUUUCUUCAAAUGGUGUUUCAACUGGAGCUAUUGCUGGUAUCAUCAUUGGUGUUGUCCUCAUUGUCUGCAUCACAGGAGUUCUAGUAUUCUUCUUGUAUUCAUCCAGAAACAAGGCCCCUCUCAAAACUCCAGAAAUUCCAACAAGCACAGGCUUUGAGAAUGUGGUUUAUAAUGAAAAAGAUGGUACCAAACUUUCAGCUUUUGAAACCAAUGCAUAAUGUUUUGUUUGUAGUAUUUAUAUAGUUUUGAUGUCACUGUCAUUAAUAGUGAUUUGUUUAGAACAUUACCUCAACUUAGAAACCAAAUCCUUACUUAUAUGUAGGUCUGUAUUUACAAAGGUAUACUUCAGAAAAGGGUAAUAUUUGGGGCUAUAGUCAAAUGUGACAACCUUUCCUAUGCUGUCACAUCCCUUAUUUUCCAUCAGACUUAAGCUUUAAUGGUCAAGUAAACCAUUCAACACUGAGAUAUUACUACAGUUUCAUAACCUAAAAAAAUACUAAUACAUAAAACAUUUAUUUUUGAAACACGAGUUAACCUAGUAUGCCUUUGUGAAUACGGGUCAUUAUCCUUUGUAUGGAUUUUAGAAUAAAAAUUAGUUCAUAAACUAUCAAUACAAUUGGGAUGAUACUCAUAUAUGACUAUGCAACUGCCAAUCAGCCUGCUUUUACUUGUAUUCUGCCAUCAAGUUCCAGUAGUUAUAUAUUCAAGAAAGUUGUAAUUCAAUGCAAGUCAAUUUUAGAUCCCAUAUCAAUUUAAAGGUCUUGCAAUUGAUUUCUAGUGUGAUCACCUGUAUGCGUUCUGCAAAAGAAAGUAUAAACUGAUUUAUUGUUAUAGUCAUCAUCAUCUGGUAUACAAGAGUGAGGUAAUCCUGUAGAUCUCCAGGUCGUCGAUGUUGACGAAGUCAUAAUGGUUAACAAAUUGCAAACUGAUACAUGACGCGUGUAUACGUGGAUGUUGUCAUGGUACAUAUAACUGUUUGCUUUGCGGGAUUUUCUCCAAGCCAGAUUAUAAAAUAAUGUAUCAGGGAUUUGUAAUACCACUUUGUCUCCAAAAGUUAGCACUUUCAUACCAUGCAAUUAAAUAUAACUAGAUCAAAUAUUCAUCUUUGAAAGCUGAUAAGAUCUGGAAGUGGUUCUUUACACUUAAAUGGCAUUCAUUCCUAAUUUGACAAACAAUAUUGUGUCAUUAUCCUAUUGGUUUUAAAAGCCUGCCAUAGGUACAUCAUAACUAGCAUGUGUUAAUCACGUGGGAUACGAGACAGGAAAAUGCAGUGUUGAAAGUAAUGUUUCUAAAAUGUGUAUUAUUAUAUUGUAUUCAACUCAUCAUGUCGAGUAAAGUAUUCUAGACAUUAAUAUAAAUCUUGGCUAUAUCAUGAAUACAAGAAAAAAUUAAUUGUUAAAUGACUGUAAAUGUGCAAUACUUCAUGUGUACAGUCAUAAUUUGAACUAGGUUUUGAUGUAAGAAGUAAUCAAAUGAAAUAUUACCAAGCUUUUAUAGUCACCUUCCCCACAGAAAGGCUGUUAUCGACCUCUUCUCAAUUUUUUUUAUUGCAGUGAUAGAAAAAGUAUGUCCUAAGCUUAUUCGCAUUUGCAUUAGCGUGCUUUCUCUGGGAACUGGAUUGCUUAUUUUUGUUCCCGGAAGAAAGGCUUAUGAUUAGAAAAGUUUUAGAUAAAAUCACAGAUUAUCAAUGUACGAAAAACCUUGCUCUGUCAGAAAGUUUGAGAGUAAGGACUGAAAAAUAAUACACUAACUGGUAAAAGCUUAUAGUAAGAUGAAAGCUUCAUCCACGUUUUCUUGAAAAUGCACAUUUUUUGCAUGUGCAUGUAAAGGUCUCUCUGCAGGAAGGUGACGAGAUCAUCAACCAUAUUUUGACUUAAUAGACUACCGUAAAUGGGUUUGAUCUAUUGAAUUUAGUUGAAUGCCUAUCAUAUUUAUAUUCUAGAGUUAUUGAAUACUUUUAUGGAAUGAUUCCUUUGGUGUAACAGUAUUAUCAUUUAUCUGAUCAAAUUAAAAAAAAAUAUGUUUCUCAAAUUAAAUGACAUUAAAAGAAGUUGUGGGAGUUUUUGGAUAAGAAAAUGCGACAUUGGAUUAGUGUUUUCAUAUUCUGUUGCUCUAUUGAUUUUUCUUUCUGUUUGUUUUUUUAUUCUUAGAUAUAUAUUUUUGUCAUUGUUUUUCUAUGUUGGAUUUCAAUAAUUUUUUUUAAAGGAAACUUUCUUUGUAAAUAUGUGCAGAAUAUUAACAUCAAUCUAAUGAAUUUGUUCAGACUAUUGAUAACAAUUGAUUAUUGACCUUGUUAUGGAUUUUCCCAUAAUAGUAGUCUUGCGGAUUCCAAACUUGUGAAUAAUUUGAAAUGACAAAUCAUAGAGAUGAUCUGCAGCAGUUAUGUAGUUAAUAUAAAGCUCUAUGUAGGAAUGGGAACAGAAAUGUCCAUUGGUUAAGGGUUGUCAAUUUUUGAAAUCUGAAAUCAAUUUUUAAUAUCAUAAGUGUUAUAUUGAAGUCAAUUUUUUUCAAUAAAAUGUUUAUUUUAUAUUGUAAAAUAAA